ACGCCUCUGCUGCCUCUUUCAGAAAGCAUGCCCUGAACUGCCAUCGGAUGAAGUCUGCUCUCUUCAGCGUGCUCUGUGAGAUCAAGGGAAACACAGCUGUGAGCAUCCGGCAUCAGGAAGAGGAUCCUCACGCUCAGCUCCUGAGGCUGGAUAACAUGCUGCUGGCUGAGGGUGUGUCCAGGCCAGAGAAGAGAGGACGAGGAGCAGCGGCAGGCGCCACAGCAACACCAGGUGGCUGUCCAAAUGACAAUAGCAUUGAGCACUCAGACUACAGGGCCAAGCUGUCCCAGAUCCGACAGAUUUACCACUCUGAGCUAGAGAAGUAUGAACAGGCCUGUCGUGAGUUCACCACCCAUGUCACCAACCUUCUCCGGGAACAGAGUAGGGUGAGGCCUGUGUCCUCCAAGGAGAUGGAGCACAUGGUGGGCAUCAUCCACAGCAAGUUCAGUGCCAUCCAGAGGCAGCUGAAGCAGAGCACCUGUGAGGCUGUCAUGACCCUGCGCUCACGGCUCCUGGAUGCCAGGCGGAAGCGGCGGAACUUCAGCAAGCAGGCCACUGAAGUGCUGAACGAGUAUUUCUAUUCCCAUCUGAAACCUUACCCCAGUGAAGAGACCAAAGGACUGGCCAGGAAGGGUGGCAUCACGGUGUCCCAGGUCUCUAACUGGUUUGGCAACAAAAGAAUCCGGUACAAAAAGAACACAGGGAAGUUUCAAGAAGAGGCCACCAUGUACACUGGAAAAACAUCCACGGCCAGCAUGGCCCGGGGCCCAGGGGGUCAGCCCAGCUGCCAGUCCACAGCCAGCCCAGGUUCCUGUGGCCCCUUCCCCCUGGCGAGUGGAGGUGACAGUCUCACCCUGCGGACCCUCGCCUUCCUCCAGCCCCCACCUGGGGGAGCGUGCCUCCAGACCCCGCCCCGGGAGCCCCGGCCUAGCACACGCUGUGGGCUGCAAGCAGUCAGGCCUGCUUCUCGCACACCCGGUGCUCCAGGACGGAACCGCAGGGGCUCACAGCAGCUGCAGAGGGCCACCACCCACAGCCAACCUCGUCACCUGCUGGAGACUCUGGCAGCUUCAACUCGGAUGUGUCUAAUUAAGUUUGGGAACCUGGUUGAGUGCCAUGGUGAAUGGACCUCUGUCCUGCCAGUUACCUCAGAAGCCCUGGCUGUGGCGAUGGCCUGGCAGCUAAGGGACCCUGCUCCCACAGUCUUCAUCUGGCCUGUCCCCCUGGAGCCACCCUGGAGCCACCUUACCAACCAGUGUCCCUGUGUCCUGACCUCCACUGUCAGCCACCAUCACCGCAGUGGCCAAGUGCCCUUUCAUCUGCGGCCUGAGAGGCCCCUGUGCAGAUGCUGCCUGCUCACUGCCUGCCCACGAGACACCCAGGUCGCCAGUAUCAGCGGGCGGCGACCGCCCCGCCCAGCAGCAGGUGGCCUGCCAGCGACAUUCCUCAGUGCCCAGCCAGGCAGCCGCUCCUGCCGGAUGAAACGAAGUUGGGCCUGGCCGCGUGGCCUCGUGUUUUUCCAACAGCCUCUUCAGCCACAGCCUGACCACAACCUAGAUUCCCCUGGCUCAGCGUGCUCCAGCACCGUCUGGGGCCAGGCAGCCUUUGAGGACAUAGCUGAGGUUUGGCGCCGCUGCCUGGUCCAGGGCUGA